AUGCCCUUGCCUAGUUUUUCUCCUGCCAGGUCAGCCGAGGAGAGUAGCCCAGAGGUCCAAGAGGCCAGCUUGGAUGCUGCCAAACCAGAAGGAGCAGAGGAGGCCGGGUGGUCUGCAAGCCCGAACUUGCCUUCUGCAAUCACCACAGCAGCUCCAGCUGGCAGGGCGGACCAAUCCACCAGCGGAGUGGUGGGGACUCAGAAAUGCCUGGCAUCCCAGUCUCCUACUGAGGAAAAGAAGGCUGCAGUGGAAGAGCCUGACCAGGAAGAGUGCCUUGUUCCUCUCUCGCAGCUGACUCCGUACAUCUCCUGUUUUAUUUGCAAAGGCUACUUAAUAGAUGCAGCAACCAUUACAGAAUGUCUUCAUUCCUUCUGUAAAAGCUGCAUCAUAAAACAUUUUGAACAUAGCAACAGAUGUCCGAAAUGCAACAUUGUGGUGCACGAGGCCAAACCUCAUAACAAACUGAGGUUGGAUCCUCACUUGCAAAACAUAGUGUACAAAUUGGUGGCAGGCCUAGAGGAAAAAGAAAAAAAGCAAAGACAAGAAUUCUCCAAAGAAAAUUGUUCAGAAACACCAAAACCUGCUGAUGUUCCACAGCCCGACACUUCAGGCGAAGGAAACACUAAGGAAGUUGUAGAAUAGUGUCUCAGUUCAAUUGAACCUAAUAUGUCUUUAGUACUGGAGUCUAUGGCCACUAAUGCAGACAUUGAACAUUUUAAGCAACUGAAAAGGAAGUUUGUGCGAGUCUCAGG